GCCCGAUAUAUCAGUCCUACUCGGGACUUUUUAAGUAUACCAGGGAUCGUGCCGCAUCUGGAUUUUUAUGUACAUAAAAAAUAGACCAAGUACUUUCUAGUCGCGAGUACUUGCGGGAAGCGUGUUUGGUUGCUUGUUCUUUGUACAACCGCGUGAAUGUAUAAAUGUAACAUUGUACGUGUGAAAAGGUGCAACUGCUGUUGCGAGUGCGCUUCACUUUUACAUCGUGUUUGAGAACACGUGUGUCCAUCAUAAGAUAAAAAAAAAGAAAAAAAAAUCGAGGUUGUGUGUCCAUCUGUUCGUUGUUGGUUCGUUGUCAUCUUUUCAGCGUAAAACUGCACUUUCGCUGUCAUCGCUCUGUGUACAAACCGUGUUAAAACAAUAACGUGUGUAAAUCCUUAGGUAAUACCUACCUACUACUGCGAGUUGUAUACCAUAUAAGUAGUAGUGUGUCUAUUCUAUCGGCUCGUGCAAGUGGGAUAAGUACCAUUUUUUUAAAGAACAAGAGAGUAGGAGGCGGCAAACCGCAAGUGUACCAAAGUGGUACAGCAGGUGUUUUCUUAUUACCACCAAGACUACACCAACACCACCUCUCAUCCAUAUUGAGGAUCAUUACAGCUUACAGCAAAACUGGAUAAAAAAUUAAGACAUAGUUAGUUUUUCGUGACAUGGAAACUGGAUUUCUAAAUUUACAUGAUGGAGAACACUUUUCAGAUUUCUCGAUGCCCAUGGAUAGUCAGAAUAAUGCAUUGCAUGAAUCAGAGAAUUCAUUAAUGCAGGACCUAGGUAGCGAUUUUGAUUAUAUGCAAGGCUUUGGCUAUGAUUCCAAUGAAGCACUGUGGGACAGUGAACAGGAACAUAAUGGUGACUUGGUUUUGUUGCCAAAAGCUGGUGCUUCAGCAUUCAGCUUCAAGGAAGAUUUUGAGAAAGUGCUCACUGACUGGAACGAGCAUAUUGGAACUUAUAUUGGAGCUACUGACAUGGAUGAUUUGGGUAUGCACAUACCUAUAAAUGAUGACUAUAGUCAUUAUAAUCCCGAUUACAGCAUCAUGAUGGAUAAUUAUGAAAAACCGGUAGAAAGUUUAACAAAUAGUCCUGUCAAAAAGGAAAAUCCAAGUCAUUGCUCCAAUAGUUUGCCUCAAGUUAAACUUGAGCCUGAGACUGUUCGUUAUAAUCAUUACGAAGCAGUUAAUCGUAUCUCAGAAUCAGACCAAAGUGAAAAAGAAAUAGAUGUUGUAGGGCUAGAUUCAGUCCAGGACGUUAAUCCCACUUUUGAACCGGUGCAUGUCCGACGUCAACAUGCAACUACUUCGUCCAAAAAAAAUUCCAAACGUUUAGGUAGAAUAGUUCUAAAGCUAAAAAUCAAGCAAGACCCAGAUGAGAUUACGAUUAAGGAAGAACCACUAGAUUAUGUUGGAUCGCCAAAAGUGAUAGAGUACGAAAUAGAGGAACCUCAAGAAUUCUCAAAAAGCACUAAAAGAAAAGGAAAGAGCUCCAGGAAGCGAAAAGCAGAGACUAAUAAUUAUCCAAGCAAGAAGAGCCGUAAGGCUGGCAAACAAGUACCUGAAAAUGUAGUUGAAUCGUCGAAGAAAAAUAAAAAAGUAACUAAAGUAGAGGAGUACAUAGAAGAAACGAGUAGUAGUGUUAAUGUUCCACUGCCAUACAAAAAUGAUGAUACUGUAUUGGAAGCCGGUGAUGUUAGCAGCCUUCUUGAGCAAUUCGAGGCAACCGAGGCGGCAGCAGCCAGCGCGCAAAUGUUUACCACUGCAACAGUCAUGCAAAAGACACUGCCAGAACAAAAACAAGAGAAACGACGAGAGUUUAUGCACGUUCCGAUACCAAAAAAGUCGUCUCCUAAGACCUCCAAGGCAAUAAAGUCUACCAUGACUCUGCCGCUGGAGAAAUCGGUCAAUGCUCAUGGAUCGAAAAUUCAUCAAGACAUUCGAGACUCUAUACCUAAAGAAGUCAUUGAUAGGAUAAAGGCGGCUGGUCGGAAAAAAGAAAUACCGAUCAUACCGGCUAUAGCAAAUGUCAAAGCUGGUGCGAAAAACAAUGGUGCGAGGACGCAGGAGUCUAGUAAAUCUACCCUUUCUCGUAAGAAGCUUCUUAAAGCGGCCUCCAACAACAGCAAAAAAAAUAACAGGAACGAAAACAGUACCAACAAUACCGAAGGAGCCGAUGGGUCUGUCCAAUUGGACCACGAUUACUGCAGUAAUUCGAAUUCUAACUGCUCCGACAGUGGAAAUAGCGAGAGCGACAUGCUCGCAGGCGACACCGAUCAGAUGACACCGAAAAAGGUAGAGCCGGUGAAACAAACUACUGGCUGUUGCACCAAAGAGCCGCUCGUGAAAUCGACUGGCAGUAAAAAUACCUUGAACCCAGUUCGCAAGAACUGGUCGGACAUCAGUUCGAGAAAGGACAGUGGCCUGGAGUCUGCUGAAGUGAGCGAUGCCGGCGAGGAGCCACACCACCCGUUAGCUAAAAGGUUCAAAAAGUCCCAGAGCACGGAUCAACUAAAAAAGCACACUUCUGUCCCAGCCCCGCAAAUAAAGACCAGUCUGCUCAGUGCCAAUGUCCAAAAAAGCCAGAAAGCAGGGUCGCUGCUAAAGAAGACCACCAACAACGCCUCCACCAAUAAUGGCAGCAGUAACGAAAAGCCCUACGUAAUGAAAAUCCAGUCUGCCCUUGCCACGAGCAUCCUGCAGCUGCGCAAGGGCGUGCUCACCAAGACCAAGACCUUUGACAACCACAAGUCUCAGCAGAUGGUUUCGAUUCUAAAGAACCCGCCCUCCGCAACCAUGCCCCAGAAGGUCCUCGACGCUGCCUAUAAGGAGCCGAUCAGGGCGACGACCAACAACGGCUUGAACAACGAGGUGCAGAGCAUCAUGGUGCAAGACAUGACGGACGUUGAUCUGCCCGAUGCUACGGAAAAGAAACCCCCAAGGAGAAAACUGAAUCUCGCAGAGUACCGCAGCCGACGCCAGGAGACCCGCAGCGAUGGUAGUCGCACCAACUCCCCGGUGCAGCCGAUGGCAUUGGUCUACGUUCAUCACGUCUCCACCAACACCGAGCCCAUGUGGUCGGAGCGGGAGAUCGUGUCGAUGCUCAAGUCCAAAGCCGAGAUCGAGGAGGACAAGCUACGACCCAAGCGAGCUAUGAAGGAAAUAGCUGUCCAGACCACAGAGUCCGUUUUCGGAUUCUACGUUGAGGGUGUGAGACCCGAUGAACAAGUGGAUGAGCAGCAGUUGGCGGAGGAAGCGACUCAACAGAAAGAGGUUGCAACACAACAGUCAGAGAUAGUGCAGCAGCCGGAUAUAGUAGAUAUAACACGGGUCAAGCAGGAACCUGUCGAUGCCGACAAAGCGGAUGAUAAGACUGUCGAUGAGGAAGCUCUGGAGAGUGGCGAGAUCGUCGAGAGCAAGGAGGUCGUUAAGAGCGGAGGGAUCAUCGAGAGCGGGGAGAUCAUCGAGAGCGGCGAGAUCGUCGAGAACGAUGAUAUUAUAAUUAGCGAAGUUGUAAAUAUUAAAGUUGGUAGCAGCAAUGUCGAUGCGAGUAACGUUAAUAAGGCUGAAAUCAAUGGAAAAGCUUCUCAAACCUCGAGCAAGGGCCGCAAGCAGCGUAAUUAUAGGUGCCAUCGGGCCUCCCUGAGUUCGUCGCGGUCACGCUCCAGGAGCAGCCGAGGCGGGCGUAGAAGCCGCUCCCGAGGCCGAACUUUGCGACGCAGCCGAGGUGGUCGCAACGAGCGCAGCCGUAGCAGUAGAUCGCGAAGCUUGAGCUCGAGUAGUAGCCACUCGCGCAGCAGGAGUCGCUCGCGGAGGAGGCACACGACGAAACCACGAAGAAGAAGGAUCAGUCGGCGCAGCUCGGUCAGUUCGAAUACCAGCUGGUCGUCACGGUCUAGGUCCAGAUCGAGGUCGAGAUCAAGGUCGAGAUCGAGGUCGAGGCCAAAGUACAGGUCGAGAUCGUCGUCCAGGUCACGCUCAAGGUCCAGGAGCUCGAGGUACUCCAGUUGCUCAAGGUCAUCAACUCGUUCGAAUUACGGACGCUCGAAAUGGUCGUCGGAUCGUCGUCAGAGGAAAAGUCGGGAGCGCAGGCGGCAUUCCUCGAGUAGUAGUCGCGGCUACAAUGAUUGGAGGAGAUCUCCAUAUGUACGACCAUAUGACGAAAGGUACGUCAAGGAAAAGCAACGUCAAGUCGAAGAGCGACGAGUUAUAUACGUUGGCCGAUUGAAGGAAGGGAUCACCAAAGCAGAAUUACGACGAAGAUUCGAAGUCUUCGGCCCUGUUGUCGAUAUUAGCGUACACUUUCGUGAACACGGUCACAAUUAUGGAUUUGUGACAUUUGCCUUUAAACAAGAUGCUUAUCAAGCCGUCGAACACGGCAACGAUGAUCCUUCUUUGCCGAGAUACGAUCUGUGCUUUGGUGGCCGUAGAGCAUUUUGCAAAGUCAAAUAUGCGGAUCUUGAUGGAGCAACUCAUAGUUCUCUGGCAAAUCCUAGAAAUGUUUAUAGCAAACCAGAAGAAGAAAAUACCUUUGACCUUCUGUUGAAGGAAGCACAAGCGAAAUUGCGCAAGAGAAAACCUUGACACACAUAUACCUGGACAAUCCUCAUGUAUGUUGUAAUACUUAACGUUGCCAUAUAUUUCAUGAAAUUCGGUAUCAUCCAAUGUGCGUUAGGAUUUUAUAUAUGUAUUACAUGUGGUAAAAAAAAAAAAGAAAAACUGCUGUAUACCAUUUGAUCACAGGGUAACAUUUGUUAUCAGAACUGCUGAAUAUCCUUUAUUGAUAUUCAAGUGUAGUUGUAAACAUUGAUACAAUCGUUGAAAAAAAAAAAAAAAAGAAAAAAAAAUCUACUGCUAAAUUAGUAUGAACUAUGGACUAAGCCAUCUAAGUAAUUUUAGAGCGGAAUCGUUCACUUGACUAGAGCAAAUGGCUCCUUUGAGAUAAAUGUCGUGUAGAAAAUGCCAAAAUUUUAAAAAUUUUGUUGGUUGUCAUCUUUUGAGUUUUCUUUUUUAAAAUAAGUUUAUUUCCUUUUUUUAAAUUGUACUGGUUUAAAUAUAGUUUUGCCGUGUGAUGAAGUGAUGUACAACCGAUCUUACAAUCUAAAAACGUUCUUAAAGCAUGAAAUUAGAGUAUUUUGAAAUCUUAAUAUCUGAAUAUUUGUAUACAGAGAAGUAAUGAAAAAUGUACAAUUGUUCACUUGAGUUCAAUGAAGAGUGAUUAAAAUCAUUCAAAACACUAAGUUAAGGUACGAAACAAACUUUUGUGCUCAUGCUCAACAGCAGAAUUGUAUACGAGCUAGCAACGUAAAAGGUUCAUUCAGAUGAUUUGGAUUUCUUAAAGGUGCUCUGUAAUCCUAAAAAAUGUACAGCAUCUAGAAUGCCAACGUAAACAAGCCGAUCGUUUUCAUAGUAACGUUUGGAGUUGAAGAAAAAAUGCGGUAUUCUAUACUGAUUAGAUUGUACAUACCAUUUUCUAUUGUGUUACAUUAAUAAGUUUUAUUUGAACGCUUAUGCAAUUGGUUUGACUUAAUUCUAAUUUACUUUCACUUUAGAUGUAUAUUUUCACUUCUCAUUCAUAAAUAUUUUUUUUUCCAUUAAAUGCAAAUCUUUACCCGCGGUUUUAAGAACUUUUUUUUAUCAACAUUAGUUGGUGGAAAUUCAUUAUCACGAAGAAUGUCUGAUCAUUUUUAUAUUUUAUCUUUUUUAAUGUAAGAAAAAAAGUAAAAAAGAUCUUUCUAUAUGAGCAUUAAAUUUAGUAUACUCUUAAUGGAAAAGCACUGAUAUGUCAUUGCUCAUUACCUAAAAAGUCUGAUUAACCUCAAUAUAUAAUAAAACGUACUUCAUUACUUAUUGCAUAUGCAAUGUUUGAUAAACAUAUUAUUCCACAAAAUGUUCGUGUAAUACCAUAAUAAACAAAAAUAAGAUCUAUUUACAAUAUGAAUAAAGUGAAAUGUAAUUAAAGGAAAAGAACAACCUUGCAUUUAGAAAAUAAGCAGUUUGAAUUGUGUGUGAGGUCUUCCAAUCAUGAGAAAGUUUUCCACAAAAAUUGAAAAACUAGUGUGUGGUAGUUUGUUAAGAAAAAAAAAAAAAUUACAAAAAAAGUCACUAGUUU